AUGUCUUCGACACGGCUAUCACCCAUUUUGGAGGCCUGGUACAAGUGGAAGUCGCUCAGACUACCAUGGCGCAAGCGCUUCCUUGUCGGCCGUGACCUGCAGGGCUACACCUACUGGGAGUUUCGCGAAGCUCGUGGUGACGGACCCGGUCGAUUCCGCCGCAUUGUUAAGUACCCCCGAUCGACCUAUCUAUCAGAUGUGAAGGUGUCACCGCUUUGGCACCAAUGGCUGCGGCAUACCCGCGAGAACCCCCCCUCGCUGGAAGAGCAAUCGAAAGAGGUUUUCCGACAGGAGAGGAUGAAGAUGCUGGCUGCUCAGGCGGACGCCAGGUGGGAGGCGAAGCCUAGGGUCAUGGACGCCCCGGGACAAGACAUGGGCCAGCCUUUGCCAGCACUGAACACCGCGCAAUCCCAGCCAAUUGCACCGGAAAUGGAGGCGACGAAUGCGAAGAAAGUCGAAGCUGAGGCUGCGGAGCAGGCGUCGAAGCCGAGCACGACAAAGAAGAAAUACGGUCACGAUCCUUGGGAGAAGGCCACAAAGGGCCCGGGAGAGAGCUGGCAGCCUCAGGCAUGGGUACCACCUGCCGAGAAGAAAUAG